UAAAAUUAUCGCAAAAUUAAACGGUGUUGGAUUUUUAAAAUAAUAUUCUUUUUGCGUGGUUCUAGCCUAAACUUACCCUGGUGAGGCAUUUUGUGGGACGAAGGUUUUAUGAGAAGAAUUCAACUUCGAGAACAACUUCAACCAGAAUCAUCGUAAUACUCAUAACAAGAAAUAACUGAGCAAGAAUAAUAAAUAAUAGCAAUAAUAAGGAAACCAAUAUACAAUUAAUAAUAUUACGUUAUAAAACAAACUAAGAUGACGUCAGAACUGGUCAAUACUUCUAACAACAUUAAACAGAGGCCAUUGCAAUACAAAUGGGAAUUGAUGUCGAACGUUUUCAUAACAAAUCAAAAUUUCGAUGCAUUUAAACUACUUACAUAGUAACUAAUAAAUCUUAUGCCAAAUUACAUUCGAAAGUAUGUUAAUCACCAAGUGCUUGACGAGGCACGUGAGCCACUUCUUAAUUCUUCUUUCGUUUAUCAAACACGUUCAGCUUUUGGGUUUGACCUUCGGUCAAAAUUCGGAAGUAUUACCGAAAGAACCUGAGGACGGUCUCGUUACGUUGUCCGUACAAGAAAUGAGACAGAGACCGAAAGGAAAAUUGUACUUCGCCAUAGCUGCACCAGCUGGCAGUCAGACAUACACUCGUGCAUUCAACAAAACAUUGUUUAAUAUUACACAAAAUUACAUAUUAAAAAAAGUGAAUAAAGAACGGUACAACAUCACCCUGGACACACUGACGAUAGACUUGCCCGAUAAUGGAACGUUUAGUGCAAAAUUGUUACAAAAAGUUUGCGAUCUAUUCGACGGUAAACACGUGGUGGCGGUUUUAGUAAUAGGGGAUUCACCUGCGGCCUUCAUGGUGUCUUAUGCAGCCAAACACGCGGCGGUCCCGGUGCUUUGGGCCAGAGAACACAGCAGGAUGCUAACUGAAUUCGGGAACUCGGAGUCGAGUUUCCUGGAGGUUCAACUGACCCCAGAGGGUCGUGAACUAGUCCAAGCGUUGCGCGGCCUGCUUUUGCAGGCCCACUGGCAUACAUACACCCUCCUAGCAAACGAAGCAUCGGCUACAGCUUUACGCCGCCCAGAUCUUUGGGCAGCUUUAGCCGCCGCGCCACUGCAUCCUACCUUAGUCGCUCUGCCGAACAUGCCACUACGACGGCCCACCACCGUUUUCAGAAAACUGGCCGAUAUAUCAAGGCUCACAAGAGGAGUAAUCGUCCUGUUCAGUGACCGCGUUUUUGCACUUCGUAUACUAGAAAACGCCCGUCGUCUAAACAUGAUGGACGGUCAUUUCGUAUGGAUCUGGAUCAACACCGCAAGCACAAGUGCGCAAUCAGAAUUCUAUAGUAGAGACCCGGAUCAAGAAUUAAAUAAUAAUGUGAACUAUUCGGAGUUUUCAUUCAAUUCAGAUUUGUCGCGUUCAAAACGUGCCAGUAACGCGAAUAGUAAAAUGAAAAGUGAUACUAGUGAUACGCAUCAGUUAAGUUUUUUAUUAAAUAAUGACGAUUCGUUGAUUAAUUUCGAUCAUAAUGAAGGCGUUGAAAGUUCUAAAUUAAAAAAUCGUCAAGAAUCUGUAGGAAAAACGCCCCUAUCGAAAAGGGGCACUACGGUAAUAACAUCGUCAGACUUACCCGUCGGACUUCUUAGUCUACGUCCCUUACCGAUAAGGGUUGAUAGACAUCUUGUCAAGGGGGCGGUUAAACUGCUUGUGGUUACCCUCAAGCAGGUCUUAGACCACUGCCCCGAAUGGCUUUCUGCAAGCAUCCUUCAUCAAGAACUCAAGGCGUCCUGUUGGAGAACAGCGGGAGUCAAAGAACUUAACUUCUCUACAGCUUAUGCCAGAGAAUUAAGAUCUGCUACCGCCGACGCCUUAGCAGGCAAAAGGACUCUACAAGAAAACAGCGUUGAAAAAGUGGACAAAUCAUUAGUAUCUAGUUUCGAAAUACUAAACUUAGUUCCUGAGCUUAGUUCCAAGCGCGAGGACCACGCAACAAGCAACAAUAAAACCGGCGUAGACAGCGUUAAACUUAAGUGGAAGAGGGUAGGGUUGAUUUCGGGAAGUUCUGUUCGCCUAGAUACAAUUAUUUGGCCAGGGGGUGACCUUUCUGUAGCCGCAGUAUCAGCAAAUGCCAGAAGUGUUUUCCGUAUCGUUACAGCACUCUCUCCGCCCUUCGUGAUGGAAAGCGAACUUGACGAAGACGGUCAGUGCUUAAGAGGUCUUCCGUGUCACCGCGUCCUAACACACGAUAAGGACAAUCUUACCCUUGUCUUCAACGAACUCGACAAGUUAGAAGAAGAGCAUGAAGAAGCCAAAACGUUCGGACAUUUCGGACACUUCCAGCAUUUGGCGUCCAGCGAGCGCUUCCACCCGUUCUACAAGUACAAAUAUCGUACCAACUGUUGUUACGGUUUGUCAAUGGAUCUCCUGGAGAACAUUGCCCACGAACUCGAAUUUGAUUUCCACCUUUACAUCGUUGCUGACGGAUUAUUUGGGUCCAAGGUAGUCAGCGACAAGAAAACUCGCCGAGACGUUGGACGAAGUUUCUGGGUGAACCGAUUCCAGAAAGAACAAGUGACAACGGGGGAUGUUGUGAAUGGUGGUAAUAGGGUGGAAGUGAAAUGGAAUGGUAUUGUAGGAGACCUUAUGUCGGAGGCGGCCCAUAUGUCAUUCGCGGCCCUAAGUGUUUCGAGUGUUCGCAGCGAAGUGAUAGACUUUAGUGUGCCGUAUUUUUUUGCGGGCGUGUCGUCUUUGGCGGCGCCGCAGCAAAAGUCCGAGAUACCGUUAAUGGCCUUCCUUUUGCCGUUUUCCACGGAACUGUGGAUAGCAAUUUUCACAAGUCUGAACAUAACAGCUAUCGCCGUGGCCAUCUACGAAUGGCUCUCGCCGUUCGGAUUGAACCCUUGGGGGCGGCAACGGUCGAAAAAUUUCAGUAUGAGCUCGGCGCUUUGGGUUAUGUGGGGACUGUUGUGCGGACAUUUGGUCGCGUUCAAGGCACCGAAGAGCUGGCCUAAUAAAUUCUUAAUCAACGUUUGGGGCGGGUUCUCUGUUAUUUUUGUUGCCAGCUACACCGCCAACAUUGCCGCACUUAUUGCUGGACUUUUCUUUCGAAAUACAGGCAACUACUACGACCGAACGUUCCUGAACCAAAGGGUGGGAGCACCCCGAGCGUCAGCUGCAGAAUAUUACGUACAAAAGGCGGAUCCGAUGUUGUGGGAACAUAUGUUGAAAUUUGGUUUAAAGAGCAUCGAAGAAGGCAUCGAAAGGCUUAGGAACGGAACGUUGGACAUUGUGAUAGCUGACACUCCCAUCCUCGAUUAUUACAGGGCUACCGACCAUUUGUGCAAAUUGCAAAAGAUAGGGACCGUUAUCAACGAAGACACUUACGCCGUAGGAAUGACAAAGGGCUUUCCAUUAAGGAAGGAACACGAACAACGCCGAAGGAGGCGCAGCAAAGCACAAUUUUUCGAAAUGAUCCAAGAAAUAAGGAGCUCAAUUAACAGGCAGCAGCAAGAGUCACGUCCCCGGUCUCUUGAAUGCGUAACAGAAGACACCGAGUACCAACUGACCGCUGCCGAAAAAAAAUCUAAUUUAAGUCCGAGCAUCCUUCGCAGGACCUUCAUGAGAACGAGUCCGAAAACUGAAAACCCUCCGAAACUCAAAUCUCCAACCGCCUAUUUUAACAAGCAAUUUUUCAGUCCGCGAUCAAAAACAAAACCAAAAACGGCAUCGACAUUAAAUGUGCGAAGGUUCAGCUCGGACAGCGUAUUCUCAUCCCAAACCUUACACACCGAUAGGAGUAGUAGUGUCGGCAGGAGAUUGAGCAAGGAUGUAUCGUGUCUGAGCAAUAGCCCUCCGGACAUAAACAGCAGGAGAUCUAGUUAUCUAGACACCGUCAGUACAGGGAGCAAACUGGCAGGCAAAAGUCCCGUCUUAUCGAUCGAGAACGUUUCCGUAUGUAGUGCAAGGGUGAACGACCUCCAGAGAAAGCUCUCCGACGCCGAGAGUAUCGGUAAGAAGCUGGCCACGUUGCCUCUCUACGUCGGCGAACCUUUCAACAAACAGCACCUCCAUCCCCAGUACAGCGCGACCCUCGGAAAAAGCGAUCAGACUCUCAACAAGCCGGAGAAGCGUCGGGCGUCUAGAACGCUCAGCUUCGAUAAUCACACGACAAAAAGCUAUCAGAAUCUACCGGAUAGCGACGGAAACUCGAACGCAUUACUUCGAGUCAGUUGCGAGGAGAAAAGCAAUCUGUCAGACGACGAAAUUGCACGAAGAAACCGUCUCACUAUCGAACAACUCCAACAACAACUCGGCAACAAACGAAAACCCACCCCCACAGGCAAUAACUCCAAACAAACAUUCAAAGCAACCACCCAACCCCCUAUAAUUCAAGUGGAAGACACAACGCAGAAGCCUGCCGUGAUACGACGACACAAAACGCGACAUCAAAGUUUAGGAGAUGCCACUUCCACGUCUCUUCCGAGAAAGAAGAAAUUGGAAGAGCAAUCGCACUCGUUGGACGGAAAUCCUUCUACGACCAAAAGUAGAAGAAGGUGCCACGAACACGACCUUCCUCCCGCUCCUCCGCCACCAAACUGCUCCCCGAGAAAUUCGGACGGUGGAAAGUCUCCUUUGGAUAGACUUUCGAAAGACGAAUUGGUCAAUCUGUGGCGAAGUUCCGAAUCGGAAUUGAGAAGUCAUAUACUAAAAGCAAUAAGAGACAAAGAAACAGUCGAUCCACCGUGAGCUUAAUCUACGACGCUACUUGAAGGUGCGGUUGGAUUUUUUUAUAGAAAGUCCUUUGGUUUUGAGGCAACUAAUUGAGAGAGCGCGAUUCGGGAAGUAAAAAGUCGUUUAUUUGACUACAGGCCAAACAUUGAGACGUUUUGCCUGUGAAAAAUAAAUGGCCUUAGAUUGUAGAGUGAUAU